AUGGACGAGCGCUCAAACAUUGUCUUCGAGGACCGCUUCACGGUUACUGUGAGUCACCUCUGCCGUGCCGUCAUCCAAACUUCGGAUGAUCGGGAACAAGCUCUUGCGCCGGGAUGGACACAAGCUGACAGCCAGGACGUCGACCGCGACGGCAAGAAGUUCGACCGUGUGUCGCGCAUCAACGCCAAGUCGUCGGACCUCGGCAUGGAGCUCACCCUCGACGUCGCCAACGAGCUCUACCCGCUCAAGGUCGACGACCACUUCUCGCUCCUGCUCGCACGCAACCUGAAGCCGGACGAGAUCGAGGCCGAGGAGGACGAGGAGACCGAGGGCACGCGCAAGAUCAAGCGCGAGCUGUGGCGUGCCGACGACCAGGGCCUUGCCAACGACUACGACUACGUCAUGUACGGCAAGAUCUACAAGUUUGACGACGCGCAGAAGGGCGAGGCCAUGACGACGGCGUACAUGUCCUUUGGUGGACUGCUUCUCGCUCUCCGUGGAAGCUACAGGCAUCUCGCCAACGUCGUCGUCGGAGAGAACGUCUACCUCCUCAUGCGCAAGUAA